UAUAUCAUAGACAUAGGUCUGUGUGUGCAGGUGAUUUCUGCUUAUUCUUAGGAAGACGACCUUCACCCGCAUCCAAAAGUCCGAAAACGGCAACAGCCAUCUCAGAUUGUACAACUUGUGUAUGCAGAUAUCUCUUGCAAUCAAGUAAAACAGAGGAGACAGACGAGAGAUAUAUGGCGAAGUAUAUCGAUCAAUAUAGGGCCCUCAUGAGGGGCAUGUCACCGGAAGAAGUUGCCGAUUAUUAUACAAACUGGGCUGAAAAUACAAAAUACGAUCAGGACUUGAAACCAGGAAUAUAUAAUUGUCCGACAAUUGCAGCUAACGAGGUGGCUAAAUGCUUCCCAGAAGACAGAGACAGGAUUAAAAUUAUAGACAUUGCUUGUGGGACUGGUCGAGUCGGAGUGGAGUUGGCAGUUCAUGGCUUUAAAGAUAUCGACGGUCUUGAUGGUUCUGAUGGAAUGCUGAAACAGUGUCAGGACAAAGGUCUUUACAAAAACUUGUACAAAGAAUUCUGCGGACAUACUACCUUGCCAAUUGAUGAUGACGUAUACGAUUGUUUAGUUGUAUCCGGAGGAAUGGGCGAGAAUCAUAUACCCUUAUCCGGAAUAUUUGAAAUGAUACGUAUCGUAAAGCCAGGUGGAUUUAUUAUACUAAUAGUAAGGAAAGAGUUUGUAGAUCGCGGCGGCGAGGAUAUCGACAACCUAGAAACAUUCGUUGCAAAGCUCGAAAGUGAAGACAAGGUUGAAAUACUUGAACACCGUGAGGUGGCAAACUAUUCCUUUGACAGAGAUGGCGUUAUCUUUAAAAUGAAGAAGAGUUGUAUAUAAAUUUAUGGGACAAUAAAAGACAACUCAUGGUGUUGUGAUUCAGACUAGUGUACUAUACUAAUAAAAUUUGAUAAUUG